UCUUUCGCCCCUAUACCCAAAUUCGACGAUCGAUUUGCACGUCAGAACCGCUACGAGCCUCCACCAGAGUUUCCUCUGGCUUCACCCUAUUCAGGCAUAGUUCACCAUCUUUCGGGUCCCAACAGCUAUGCUCUUACUCAAAUCCAUCCGAAGACAUCAGGAUCGGUCGAUGAUGCACUCAAAAGAGCUCUCACCUACGUUCACUUUCAUUACGCGUACGGGUUUUACACCCAAACACUUGCAUAG